ACCAAAUGUCAGCAAUCCUCAAAAUCAAAAAACUGUUCCAAAAAAGCACUCAUCUCCCCGUUAUCAUCAACAAAGCUCGUAUUUUCAACACCUACGCAUCCAUAUAGCUGAGAUCUUUGGUGCUAUUUUCUUCUACGCGAUCCCAAGCCAGCUGAACCAGAGCGUGCUGAUGAUCUUCUUCAUCGCUGUCUCUGUCCUCUCUAUCUUCGGGAUGAUGUACAUCCAUAUGCAGAGUUCAGGCAUGUUCUAUAAAUAACAGCAUGCUGUUGAACAUCGUGUGACAUGUAUCCACCAUUACUCUCAUUGUAUUUGUUAUGAUGAGAUUCUAUGCUUUGUGGCAGGUAUGAAACCUGGUAGAGAACUAUUACUCAGAGAUAGGAGAGAGCCAGCCUUCAGGAGGAUUGUGUAUCAAAGGUUUGAUAUAUUACCUUUCCUGGAUCUUUGUCUCAAUGUUCUUUCUGACCUUUCUCAGACUCCUAUCAUUUUACUACAUGUUCAAGUCGUUCAGGUAUAUUAAGAAAAGAGAAGAAGAUGCUCUCAAAAAGAAGCAGAGGAAAAUGGAGCUAUCACAUCGAGCCAGGAAGAACAGAAUUAGGAAGGAAAAACUCAAGAAAAAGAACCAGGUGAACUCGAAGCGAUGAAUGAAGAGAUCGCAUAUGAUGACAACCAAGCCCAGAUGGAUUAAAUUAAUAUUUUCAAGCAAGAUUGAAAACUAA